AUGUACAGUGGCAUUACAGCGCCCAAAGCACGGCGCUUGCCUGUAGAAUCCUGGGGGUUUCGCAGUGUCCCACCACCUUGCCAGCAUCGCCAGCCACUCAUUACGGGGGCCCAUGCCGUCCUGGCAACGGCACUGUGCGUCAAAGCAUGCAAGUCAUUCAGGUUACAGAAACCUCGCAAGUUCCGUCAGCGCUCUGCCAAGACCCUUAGGAAGGCCCUGACUGAUGAUAUCUCACAGGCUGUUGAUGAGGUGGGCAAUACAUUGGAAGAUGCGGUCUUGCACUUCUCCCGGCUGCCAGCCUGGAUGUCGGGACGAGAAUCUACAGCCGAGGGCUCUCCUCCAGCAGGGGAUGGAUCAGAUGGCAGACGAAAAGUGGUGGUGCUUGGCACCGGCUGGGCAGCACAUGCCAUAGCGAAGAUUAUCGAUGUGAGCAAGGUGGACGUGAUCGUAGUAUCCCCACGGAACUACUUCAUCUUCACGCCUAUGCUUGCAGCUGCGUCUGUGGGCACAGUCGAGUAUCGCUCGAUUCUGGAACACAUCCGCAGCUCCAAUCCAACUAUCGGAUACUGCCAAGGCACCUGCCAACACGUGGACGCCGAAGCCCAAACGGUACUGGUCCGACCAUUCCCUGAAGGUGCAGAUCAGGACUUCACGCUGUCCUACGACGUUCUUGUGGUUGCUGUUGGCCUUCGCCCCAGCUCACUUGGAGUACCAGGUGUGGAUGAGCAUUGUUUUUUCCUCAAGAACAUCGACGAUGCGAGACGACUGCGUAAGCGAGUUACACUGAACUUCGAAGCGGCGGAUCUGCCUGGCAAAUCACACGAGGAACGACAGCGGCUGCUCACGUUUGUCAUAGUUGGGGGUGGGCCGACCGGUUGCGAGUUCUGCGGUGAACUCUCCGACUUUGUUCGGAAUGAUUUGCGACGCUUCUACCCCAAGCUGGCCCCAUUGGUUCGCAUUGUCAUUGUGCACCGCGGCGCAACUCUCAUCCCUGACUUUGGUGAAAGCCUCCAGGACGCUGCGCGCGAAUUCCUGGAGACCCAAGGCAUCGAAGUCAUGACCACCACCAAAGUCGUGGAGGUAGAGAAAAAGCAGGUUCACGUUGCAAGCAAGGAUGGGUCCGAUCAGAAGACAUUGCCCUGCGGCCUUGUGGUCUGGGCAGCUGGGCAGAUAGGUCAAGACCUGGUUCGGGAUUUGCACAAGACUUUACCUCGCCAGAAGGAGCUAGCAGAGGCCGAAGCAGGUGGGAAUGACAGCCAACUGUUUGUGGACGAAUGGCUGCGUGUUUGUGGAGCUCCAUCAGGAUCCAUUAUCGCUCUUGGUGACUGCGCGCGCCCUGCUGGUACCGCGCAGUUUCCAAACACAGCUCAGGUGGCGGCUCAGCAAGGUGCGUUUGUUGCCCGGCUUUUGAAUCGGCAGUACGAUCUAGCACAGCCACAUCCCGUACUCCAGGAGGGAGCUGCCUUCAUGCCCAUGGCAUUGUUCCGUGGGCAAACAGAAGCGCCAGCUUUUCGAUUUUUGGAUUUAGGGCGGUUGGCAUAUCUCGGAGAGUCAAAGGCGGUGGCUGAGCUCGGAGUCGGAGAAACAACAGUCUCCCGUGCACAGGGGCUGGCGGCUUUUGUGUUGUGGCGAUCCGUAUACAUCGUGAAGCAGGUCAGCUUUCGGAACCGUGUCCUGGUACUUUUUGACUGGAUAAAAAGCCGGGUAUUUGGCCGGGACCUCACAAGAAUAUGA